CUUGUAAGCAGACGCAAGCCCAGACAAACGUCACUUCACUGCCGCGAAGCAACUCUUAUAUCCAGCUCUUCCGGUAUACAAUGACUGAUGACCCUGAUGGACGUCGCUCUAAGAAGCGCGUCCGGUUUGGCGAGGGCACGACUGUGGAGCUGGCCAAUCCGGACCCGAAUGCCGCAGCGGGAGCACCGCGACGUACCAUUCUGCCAGGAGGCGCUCACGGCGGCGAUGCCCGGGCCCGCCGCUCCGACAUCGAGGCCCAGGAGCCGGAGGCCGGCCCGGUCCGCGCCAUGGACCCCACACUGGCCGCCACGCGGCGCGCCCUGACGCGGCGCGUGGAGGCGCUGAGCGCCAUGACCGCCCUGGAGGACACCAGCCUGCCCGACGACCUGGCGGCGGCGGAGGCGGACUACGACGAGCCGGAGGAGAUGUACAACGAGGUUGGCAUUCCCAUCGAGCCCUUCCACCUGAGGUCGGAGCGAGAGGCCGGAUACUUUGAUGCAGAGGGCAAUUACCUGGAGUAUCGACUGGAUGCGGAGGACACUGACGCCUGGCUGGAGAGCAUGAUGGACGAGCACAGGCAGGUCCGUGCGGACCCCGAGCUGCUAGCGCGCCGCCGCGCCGCUGCAGCCGCGGCCGCCGCGGCAGGCACUGGGCCGUCAUCAUCAGCAGCAGCCGCGGCCGGCGGCGCCGCGGGUGUUGCCGGCAGCGCGGGCGCGGCGCGCCGCCGCCGCGCAGCGGCUGCUGCUGCCGCCGCGGCUGCUGCCUCCAAGGGCGUCGACGCCGGCAACAAGAGAGAUGAGAAAGAGGACAUCGAAGAUGACAACGGCGAUGAUGCCGACGCCGAUGAUGACGAUGACGAUGACGAGCCCUACGAGCUGCACCUGCUCGACGACACGGGUGCGGAGCUGGGCGAUGAGGAGCGGGCGCUGCUGCAGAAGCGCAUCGCCGACCUGCUGCAGUCCGGCGAGACGCCGCUGGUGGGGCUGCGGCGGCUGGGGCGACGCAUGCACGAGGCGGAGGCGGCAGCAAAGGCGGAGGCGGAAGGGGCGAGGGAGGGAGAGGAGGCGGGGAAGGAGGGGAAGAAGGAGAGGAAAAAGGGGGAGGAGGAAGAGAAGGCGCAGGAGGAGCACGCGGAGCAGGCGCAGGGUGUGGCGACGGCGGCGGGGGAAGCGGCGGUGGGGGCAGCAGCGGGAGUGCCGCUGUCCAGUGGGGAGCGGCAGCGGCUGCGCAAGGCGCGGCGCGCGGCGCAGCAGCCACCGCCGCAGCCACCGCAGCAACAGGCGCAGCAGGGGAAAGAUGCGGUAGCGAUGGAGAUGGAUGGAGAGCGGGAAGGGCAGGCAGCAGCACCAGCGGCCGGCGAGGGCGAGAAGGCGAAGGAGGGGGCUGAGGCGCGGCCGGGUGAUGCGCCGCCGUCGCCUGCAGCGCGGCAGUCGGUGGCGGAGGCCGCAGCAGGCGUGGCGGCGCGACGGCACCCGCCGACGCAGCUAUCUGCAGUGGCCAUUGAGGCCAGGCGGCAGUUUGAUGCGCUGACGUCCGCCUCCAACCUGCUGCUGUCCGCCGGGCAGUUCGAGGUCUACAGCAGCACCCGCGAGCAGCUGCUGCGCGCGGCGCAGCGCACGCUGGGCGUGGACGUGGUGCGCAGCCUGGCGCUGCCGGGUGCGCCGCGGCCUGUGCCGGCGGCGCCGGUGCCGGGGGCGGCAGGAGGAAAGGGAGGCGGCAGCAAGGGGCCGGAGUCAGCGGCUGGCACUGGCGCAGAGGUGGCGGCGGCGGCCGGGGCGGUGAAUGCGGCGGCAGCGGCCAGACCGAGCGGCCCAGUGGCGGCUGUGGAUGACGACGUCGACAUGUUCGGAGAUGACGAUGAGCACAAAGCCGCCGGCGCCAGCCAGCCCGGCAUGUCUUCUUCUGCUACAGCUGUGGCUGCUACUGCCGCUGCGGCUGCCGCUGCGGCUGCCACUGCCGCUGGGACUGCAGCUGUAGCCACCCAGACGGCGCCGCCAGCGCCGCCAGCUGGCCUGCCGCCCGGGUACGAUUUGGAUCCCAGCACGGGAUAUUACUACAACAGUGACGUGGGGUUUUACUGGGACCCCGCCACGUGUCUGUACGGCGAUGCCAGCACGGGCGCGUGGCACGUCAGCAUUGAGGCGGCGCGGGGGUCGGCAGGGUCGGCGGCGGCGGCGGCGGCGGUGGGAGAAGGGCGAGAGAAGACGGCAGGUGGGGCGGAGGCGGUGCAAGCGGAGGUUGGGGUCGCGGCUGGGGAUGGGGCGGGCAAGCAGGGAUGAGGGCGUGGUAGCUGAACGAGGUGCGUGCGUGGUUCAGCGGCUUGGCUUUGUGCCGAAGUGGCCAUUCAUGUAUGUCUGCGGUUUCGUUGCUGUGGAGGUUGUGAAGCCGGAAUGUUCGGAGUACCGGCAGGCGCGGCUGUGAUAAGCACGACCUUGAGCACAACAGGAGCAUGCAGGACUGCAGGGCACGGAAAGCAGUUGCCUGGAUGCGUCGUGCAUACGUGCAGAACGACCCCGCACAACCUU